AUGAGCAAGUCCGGCGCAAAGACUGCGAAGACGGACGCCGUCAAGGCGUCCCGGAAGCGUCCCGACCCGGAGGGCCUGCGCCUCAUCGAGGAGGGCGAAAAGGCGUUCGAGGCGAAGGACUUUGUGGCGGCGACCGAGCGGUUUGUCGCCGCCAAGGCUGCGUGCGACGCCUCAACCGUCCAGGCAACGGCGAAACCGAAGAAGGAGAAGCCUCCUCCCGCCGAGAAGGAGGCCGUGGCCGACAAGGAGCCGAAGCCGGCCGACGGUGGCGUGGAGCAGAAGCUAGUGCUCAAGCCCCCGGUGGAAAACAUCCAGGCAAAGCCGCUCCGGCCAGACAUAGACGCGGCGCACAACUACGCGCUCAACGCGGCGGAGGAUCACGCGGCCUACCUCAAGCGAACGGGCGGCGCGACGGUGAUGCGGUUUGACGACACCAACCCGGCGGCGGAGAAGCAAGAGUACAUUGACUCGAUCCUCGACUCGGUGGCGUGGCUCGGCCACACGCCCGUCGCGGUGGAGCUGCGCGGUCUCGCGGCGGGCGGGAAGCCGUUCGAGUCGCCGAACCACCCGCGGAACGCAGAGAUGGGCGCCCGGCGGCUCGUGCUGCCCGAGACCAUCUACAUCGACCGCGACGACUUUCGCGAGGCGCGAGCCUCCGUCGCGCUUCCCCGGACCCCGCGCUGCGCCCAGCGCCCAGCCGCGGUAUCGUGGCGGCAGCGCACACGCGUCGGGGUGGGGCGCGCCGACGCGACCGCGCCUUCGCAGGUGGACGCGCCGAGCUUCUUCGGCCUCGCGCCCGGGAAGGAGGUUGGCUUGCUCGGCGCCGGCGUGACCAUCCGCUGCGACGAGGUGGUGAGGGGCGGCGACGGCGGCGUGACCGCGCUCGUCUGCUCGGCGGACGGGUCCGCCGAGCGCAACAAGACCAAGGGCCACCUGCACUGGGUGUCUGCGGCCGAGGGGGUGCGCGCCAAGGUGCGCGUCUACGGCGCGCCCUCGUGGCUCAAGCUGCUCAACCCGGACUCCUGCGUGGAGCACGAGGCGGUGGUCGAGAGGGACCUCGCGCAGGCGGCGGGCCCUCCCGCGCGCAGCGCCGACCGGCCGGCCUUCCAGUUCCAGCGGCUCGGCUUCUUCUGCGUCGACACGGACUCCACGGCGGAGGCGCCCGUCUUCAAUCGCAUCGUCCCGCUCAAGGAGGACAAGGAGAAGAAGGCCGGGUGA